AUGGCAAUUCGUGUCCGUGCUUGGCUGCGCCGCAAACUGGCAUCAAAGAGCGAGACACGGCCUCGAGAAACAAUGCCUGGAGAUCCAGACCAACAGAAAAAUCCUACUUCUCAGAAAGACACUUCACCACCCCCCUAUGCCACAUUGGACCUUCGUGACGGCACUCCUCAGCCUUCAAUAGCUACAGACGAGAAUGUGCCCCUCGAAACUCUUCGUACCCGGAACCCACCUCGCGCGGGCUCAGACAUCGUGGGACCUCCCCCACACAGCACGGCGCCCAUUGAAGCAGCUGAGGCUGCCGCUUCGACUGCUAUCAACGGGUAUCUCCGUGCCCUCGACGAGAAGGAUCGCAGAAUGGUCGCCGCCCGUACUGCCAAAGCCAUCGCUGUUGCUGCCUCCACCUCGCGCUCUUAUGCUGCCUUUGUUGCUGCUGUUACUGCAGUCGAGAGCGCCGCUCUUCUUGCUGUUGAAGAUUCCCGCGAGCGAGCCCCCUAUGGCCAGCUCAGAGAACGCACAAGAAAUGCAGUUCAUAAUGCUGCUAACACUGCCCUGGCAGCCGAUGCUGACACUACUAGUGCCGGUCCAUGGCCAUACAGCAGUUUCGGAAUCGAUACCCCACAUCUGAGAAAUCAGCAAGGACAGCAGCAGUACCCGAGCUGGCUCAUUUGGGCAGUCGGGGCUGGGGCCAGCUGGAUUUUGGAGCAGGGCUCGCAGCACCUGCUGGAGCAGUACCGGCUACAGCAGCAGCAGUGA